UUUGUAUGGUGAAAGUGGGUCUAUCCUGUCGCUUCUUCGUCUUGAUGGUUGGUGUCCUCGCGACAAGUACUCAUAAUUCAUGUCAUAUCGAUGGAUUCGCGAUCCUUCUUUGGAGAUAAUCACCAAGAAUUAAGAAGAGCUCACGCCUUUGGGGCAAGAGGAGUCCCCAAGGCCAGCGAGGGGGGAAAGGUCCUAUAUUUGGGGUUUUGUUCGGACAAUUCUCUGUUAAUCUGCUACUUGUCGAAGCUUUCUUCUUGUUUUCCCUUUUCGUCCUUUUUCUCCUUCUCUGCAUUUUCAUUGCAUUCUUGGCAUCUCCCUCGUGAUUGGGCCCCCGUUUCCUGAUCAAUAAACCAUGCACUUGGGCUCCAAGUUCGCUGUCUGAGCCGCACCCCUUCGUUCAUGAUCUGGGACGAGGAAUGGAAAAAUAGAAGCUUUCUCGAUCCCGGCCGUGGGUUGACAAACAAAGAAGUAGGAAACCAAAGCAUAUGGCACGAUGGUCAGGUUUCACAAACGGAUCUUCCGAAGAUUGUCUUGAAACUGUUGGAGGACAUCAGGGUAAUGACUGUUGCCUGAACGUUGCUGAGGUUGUUACAGAUCACCUUGAUGUUGAAGUUAAACUAGAGUGCUUGUUUCAUCAACUUCUAUCAAUUUGUAUAAAGGAGAAGAAUUCUGGAGGCACUAUUCGUCCUGUACCUGUAAUGCUUGGUGAUGGUCAAUCGUUGGAUUUAUACAAACUGUUCUUGUCUGUGAAGGAAAGAGGUGGGUAUGCUUCGGUGUCGGAGAAAGGAUUGUGGGGUUUUGUGACUAAGGAAUUGGGUUUGAAUCCUAAACUUUUGGCUUCGGUGAAAUUAGUAUAUAACAAGUAUUUGAAUGAGUUUGAAAGAUGGCUCAGCAAAACUCGUGGAGGAAAUAAUUUCAAAAGUGGAAAUUGUGGGUGUAAUAUGGAUUUUAAGUUUGAGCCGCCAGAGCUAGUAAAUGAGUUUAGAGAUUUAUUAUGUGGCAACGCCAAGUUGAAGGAUGAUGUAUCCUUUCAUCUGCAAUCAAGUAAAAUGAGAAGCAACAUUGACUUGAUUAAUCACCAGAGUGAAACGAAUUUGUUGGACAACAAAAAUCAACCUCCUAUAUGCGAGAAUCUCCACAGUACGCCUGGUGAUGCCGACUUGAAAUUUUGUAGAAGUGUUGAGAACGAUCCUGUUACCUUGAACUCAGAAGCUCCUGUUAAGGAAUUUAAUUCUCGCAAGCGCAAACGAGACGCAUUAUUUUCAAUGCUGAGCUGGAUCAGAAAAACUGCAAAGCAUCCUCUUGAUCCUUCAAUUGAACUGCUACCAGAGGCAUCUAAGUGGAAGGAUUAUAAAGGACAAGAUUUUUGGGUUCAGAUGCUUAGAGCAAGAGAGGCACUACAACUGAGGUCUUGUGACAAACUAAGCUGCAGGCAGUCUUCCUUGCAGAAGCAAAAGAUGCAUCCUGCCAUGUAUGAGGAUCAUGCUGCUGUCAGUCACCAUUCUACAGCUAAACUGAGAUGGAGCAAAAGGCUGCCUACCUCAGUUAAAUCUCAAAUAUGCUCUUGUUGCAAUUCACAUUCAGCUACUGAAAACAAGUUACCAUGUUCAGUCACCACUGACGCAGACAAUGCUUCACAAGAGAAAACAACGGCAGCAGAUGGUUUGUUGAAUGCAAAGGAAAUAGCUAACCCGGCCGCAGAUGAUGCUGCUGAAAAACAAGUAGCUAUAGGUCCUCUUUUUCAAGCUGAAGUGCCAAAAUGGAAUGGUGUAGUUUCUGAAAGCGAUUCUAAAUGGCUGGGCACGCAAGUAUGGCCAUUGAAGGAUAGGGAAACACACCCCGUUACUGAGACCUGUAUUAUUGGGAGAGGAAGACCAGAGACUUGUGGCUGUCUAGUUCAAGGUUCUGUUGAAUGUGUUAGAUUUCAUAUUGCUGAGGAGAGGAUGAAGCUGAAGCUUGACUUGGGUUCAGCAUUUUACCACUGGGGAUUUGAUAGCAUGGGGGAGGAAGUUUCACUUCAAUGGACUGCUGAAGAAGAAAAGAAAUUCAAAGAUAUCAUGAUGUCAAGUCUGCCCUCCCAGGAUAGAAGCAAGCCGUUCAAGUAUUUUCCAAAGAAGGCAUGGAGAAGCUUGGUUAGCUAUUACUUCAAUGUAUUUCUUAUUCAACGCAGGACUUAUCAGAAUCGUGUGACUCCAACUAGUAUUGAUAGUGAUGAUGACGAAAAUGAAUUUGGAUCUUUUACCGAUGGCUUUGGGAUGGAAGCUGUAAAGGGUCCAGGCUCCAAGCUUCUGGAGUGUUCACAGAACAACCGAUGCACUGAACUGGAGUGAUCAAAAUGGAGAGUAAGAAUUUGACUGGUGGGUUUGAAUCAUUUUGAGGAAAAAAGAUCCACGGCCACAUUUCAAGUAAAAACCUUUCCUUCCAUGAGGGGAAGCCAUUCACCGCCAAGGAAACUUUGGUACAAACUCACUGUAAAAUUCGGAUUGAGACUGGCGUGGGAGUCACCCUUCCUAGUGGAAGCAACUGUGCACGUGUUCUCGAAUCUUGACUACCCAUAAACGCAGAACUUGCAGAAGCUGCUAUCGAUGUUGAUGGUUGAAUGGCAGUCAAAUCAAGUACUUCGUUGAGGGUGCAUCACCAGUAUUGUAAUUCUGUAAAAUACCUUGUUUCAUCCCUUUGGCCUGAGACAUAGAAUGAGAUAGAAAAACCUUGGGACAAGAGUCCACAAUGGUGGUUGUCAAGUUUAGUUUGUAAGAGUGCAUAUGGCACGCAAUUUUGCAAAUUCAUCACGUCAAGUUUAUGAUAUCCCAGUUAUUCUUCCUCUAA